CCGAGCCAUAUAUGGCGGGCCGGCCGCGUAGGGCUGUCGCGGCGGUGCCCCGAAAAUAGUGUUUUGUGCGCCCCCCGUCGCCAUAGCCAUGUAUGGGCGGCGGCUGCCGGGUAUUUUUGGACCGGACCCGUUUAUAAAACCGCCGGGACCGACCGAGUGUUCGUUCAUUAGCACGUCCACCGAGGAUCACAACACUAGCAGCCGCUCACCACAGCCGCAUCGUCUUCCUUCGUAAACCAGUGAGUACACAAGCCGACGCGUCUGCAUCGUCCACAUCAUACUGUUAUACGCGUAACACGCAUGCCUAUAGUACAUGGCGCACGCCGUGUGCACAUAUUAUCGUUCGGUUUUUGUUUUUAUUUUUCCUCGUCGUUAUUAGACAUUUCGACUUGUAACAUUUCACCGCUUGCCGAACAAACGCGAAAUUUAAACAUUUUCACAACUAUUUUAGAAGAAAAAAAAAUAAAAAAAAAAAAAAACAAACACCGAAAAAUCGUUCGAGUGUUUAAAUAAAUAUUAUACAUUUGAAAAACGAUAUUUUUUUCUCUAUUUCCUUUACGUAUGUAUGUUUGUUUUUUUUUUAUUUCAUUAAUAUUCUAUAAAUUACAAGUGUAUUCAUAAACUAUUUGUAAAAUUAUUUUCCCGAUCCCCUCGUGAUUUUUUUCGACGUUUAAUUUGCAAACCGUUUCGUUUCGUUUUUCCUUUUGCUCUACGCUUAAAAUCGUUUCGUGUUACAAAAAGCGGCCGCCGCCGUUACUUGUAGCAAAAUAAAAUCCGAUACACAAAAUAGAUUUUCUGUCACUGUAUUACUACUAUACGAUUUCCGCGAACCGGCAAAAGUUUCAUUUCGUUUAACGCAAGCACGCCGUUAAAGUCCAAUACGUCACCCGAACGCGCCACGGCGAGAGUCGGUGGCGUUCGUGGUGUUCGUUUUUUUUUGCAUUUUUCGUAACAUUCUUAUUUUCCUUUUUUUUUUCUACAGAUUCAAAAACCUAAACCAGCAAAAUGUGUGACGAUGAUGUAGCAGCUUUGGUAGUCGACAAUGGCUCCGGUAUGUGCAAGGCCGGUUUCGCCGGAGACGACGCUCCCCGUGCCGUCUUCCCGUCCAUCGUCGGCAGACCCCGUCAUCAGGUGAGUUAUACGUGCGCGCGCGCCUCGGAUUUCCGAAACGAAAAUUCCCGAACGAACUCCCGACUUUUCCGCGAUAUUUUCGAAACGUGUAAUAUACGCGGCGAAAAAAAUUUGAAAAAGAAAAAAAAAAAAAACGUUCGAUAUCGUAACGGGAGGAUAACCCUCCCCCCCACAUCCCCUUGCCGCCACGGGAUCCGUGACCAUAAAUGGUAUGGCGUCCCGAAAAUAGGACACCGGAGUCCCGCCCACCCGAUCUCGCCGCCGCCGCCGGGGUAAAAAUAAACUCGCCUGCAGCUGCCGCCGCCGCUGUGCGGGAGCCAACGGAUUGGGUUUGAGCAUCGCGUUUUUUUUUUUUCUUUCGUCAUUAUUAUUGUUGUUAUUAUUGUUGUAAGCUUCUGCCGCCGCCUAGCCCCGGCUAGCCCAAUAAAAAUAGACCGAAAACACGCGCCGCUCGCCGCGGCCGCUCCGGUGCAUCUGGAAACGCUUCGGGGGAGUCUGGAACCGCGGGAUAAAAAUAAACGUCGCGCGUCGUCGGCCGGACCGACGGCCCCGCAGCGUCGCGCCACGAAAUUACACCGCGCCGCGACAUCAUUACAAUGUUAUUAUAAUCGUUUUAAUCGCGUCGUGUAAAUUUAGAACCGCCGCGGUUUUCUCCCGGAACACCCGAAUGUCCGGUCGGAUGCACUUCAGCGGCACACUCCCCGCCCCCUCCACCUGCCCCGCCGCCGUACGGGGUAAUAUUUCGUCGUUUCUCGCGGUGCCGUGCGUCGCAUGCCCGCGGGGCCGCCGAACCACCGAAACGGUUAAUCGCCAUUAUUGUUAUUAUUAUUAUCGUCGUUGUUGUUGUUGCGGCAACGCCGCCGCCGCCGCCGCAGCCGGUGUAGCGUACACGGACCGGACGAUACGUUUCAAUAGUUACAAUUACGAUUAUUCGCGAGACGCCGCGCCGAUUUCCGAUCAACGCGUUUCCGCGAUCAUCCGCCGGCCAACGCUUUACGUGCACGGGAAUCGACGUCGUUCUCGCGGUACAUCCCACGACAAUCCGUUUACACGGAGACACCUAUUACCGAUGCGCCCGGCUAAAAUUCAAUUACGCCGAAAUUCCAUAACAUCAUAUCCGGCAAAGAUUAAGCGUAGCGGGACUGCAUUACGCGCGUAGUGUGCUUUAUCGGCGAUAAUGUCUUUAGCGCGGCCCGCACGUAUUUUCAGCUAUUCCGAACCAAUGACGCGCGCCUACGCGGCGUACGACAUUUGAAUACGCACCGCUCGCCGUUAUUAUACACUAUUGAGUUAUUGUCCGCGUUCGUCGUGGCACUUCGACGUUUGUCUGAUCGAUGGAUUUAUCGUUUUGUUCAUCAGGGAGUCAUGGUCGGUAUGGGACAAAAAGACAGCUACGUAGGAGACGAAGCCCAAAGCAAACGUGGUAUCCUCACUUUGAAAUACCCCAUUGAACACGGUAUCAUCACCAACUGGGAUGAUAUGGAGAAAAUCUGGCAUCACACUUUCUACAACGAAUUGCGUGUCGCCCCAGAAGAGCACCCGAUCCUGUUGACCGAAGCCCCAUUGAACCCAAAGGCCAACCGUGAAAAGAUGACCCAAAUCAUGUUUGAAACUUUCAACACACCCGCCAUGUAUGUCGCCAUCCAAGCCGUACUCUCCUUGUACGCUUCCGGUCGUACCACCGGUAUCGUCUUGGACUCUGGUGACGGUGUCUCCCACACCGUACCCAUCUACGAAGGUUACGCUUUGCCCCACGCCAUCCUCCGUUUGGACUUGGCUGGUCGUGACUUGACCGACUACUUGAUGAAGAUCUUGACCGAGAGAGGUUACAGCUUCACCACCACCGGUACGUAUCCCGUUUUCCCGACCCACGGCUGACAUUAAAUAAUCCCCCAUAUACUUACCUCUAACGAAUUAUUAUCGUAUGAUUACAGCUGAACGUGAAAUCGUUCGUGACAUCAAGGAGAAAUUGUGCUAUGUCGCUUUGGACUUCGAACAGGAAAUGGCCACCGCCGCUGCUUCCACCUCAUUGGAGAAAUCCUACGAAUUACCUGACGGACAGGUCAUCACCAUCGGAAACGAACGUUUCCGUUGCCCAGAAGCCUUGUUCCAACCUUCAUUCUUGGGAAUGGAAUCUUGCGGUAUCCACGAAACUGUAUACAACUCCAUCAUGAAGUGCGAUGUUGACAUCAGAAAGGACUUGUACGCCAACACUGUACUUUCCGGAGGUACCACCAUGUACCCAGGUAUCGCCGACAGGAUGCAAAAGGAAAUCACCGCUUUGGCUCCAAGCACAAUCAAGAUCAAGAUCAUCGCCCCACCAGAACGUAAAUACUCCGUAUGGAUCGGUGGUUCCAUCUUGGCUUCUCUUUCCACCUUCCAACAGAUGUGGAUCUCCAAACAAGAAUACGACGAAUCCGGCCCAGGAAUUGUCCACCGUAAAUGUUUCUAAGUCAUCACCUCCCAAACACAUACAAAAUCAAAAUUACAAUCACGCUUUAUGUUCAUUUAUACUGAAGAAAACCAAUGUGUUUUUUCUUUUUGUACAUAUCGAAACGAUUUUUGCGUCGUUUUACACGGGGAUAAAAUAACAGUUCGAAUGUUGAAAAACAAAAAAAAAACAAAAAAAUGUAUUUAUUAGCGCGUUAAUCGUUUCGAAAUAAACGUUUCUAUACUACUUAUGUUGUUGAACUUAUUUUAUCGCAUUGGUAUUUACAACCUAUUAUCU